GGUGUCACAUCUUAACCUCGGAGGAGGAACAUCAGAGCGGUCUACCUGUAAAACACACCUGAGAAUAAAACUACACAGGACCGCCCUUCCUUUGGCUGAUUAACCCAGUUUUAUCUAUCUUUUCAACUGAGGACAAGAAGACCUACAGGCAUGGACAAGACACUGCUCUUCACCGUUCUUUUUGUGACGCUGUCCUGCAUGUUUAUGAACACCUAUGCUCAAGUAACAACAACUGUAGCACCAACCACGACAGCAACAACAGCAAGCAUGACAACAACUGUAGCACCAACCCCGACGGUGACAACAACAAACAUGACAACAACUGUAGCACCAACCCCGACGGUGGCAACAACAAACAUGACAACAACUGUAGCACCAACCACGACACCAACAGCAACAAACAUGACAACAGCUGCAGUAAACAUGACAACAGCAGCAGGAAACAUGACAACAGCUACAAUGACACCAGCUCCCCCACUGACUCCUAACACGACAGUGGAACCUCUUCAGACGAAUGUUUCUAGGGCAGAGUGUGGGACCCAACAGCUCUGUGUGGCUGAGCCCGCUGUGUGCGACCCAUCCGCUACAGGAUCAUGUUUUUUCCUUGCUGCCACACAGCAGAGCGGCUCAAACUUUGACUUCAGCAUCUCAGGAGAGUCAGACGGCUACAUUGCUGCCACCCUGUCACCUGACACCACAGUGGGAGACAACGACACAACCUACGUCUGUGCAAACAACAACGGUUCUGUCAGAUUCUUUAGCACUGUCCUCAACAAUGGCGAGCUGGUUCCAACAGAGCUGAACGUGAACUCUGUGAGGGGCAGAGUCAAUGGACGAAGAAUCCAGUGCACAUUUUCUGCCACUCUACCAAGCCCAACAACUAGAACAACAGGUAUCUCAAUCUCACUGAGCGAUGGACCUUUCAACACAACAUCUGGUGAUCUGGGAAGCCCCACCACCCGAUUUAGGAGCCCUGUUGUAGACCUGACAAAUGUUAAUGCCACUGUCAACAAUGAAAUAACCACCGCCACCCCCACCACCACUACUACUGCAGCAACCAACAUGACAACAACAGCAGUAAACAAUAUGACAACAACUGCACUAAACAACAUGACAACAACUGCACAGUAA